AUGAUGAGCGCGUUCGGGCACCCGGCGGGUGUUUCCGUGCCGCUCCCUCUCGCCGAAGAGCUGAGAGGCAGCGCGAAUCAGGGUUCCAGUUGUGAAGAUGGAAUUACUAGGAGGAGUGUAGCAGAUAUUCAGGUGUCGCCCUGUGGAUUGUUCAUUGCGGUCCUCACGCCUUGGGGGGUCUUUGUUUACAGUAACGGACAGUGCCGCAUGCUCCUAGGUAGUUGCUCAUUGCCUCGUGAUUCUGAGGUGUAUGGACGCCUGUGUUGUUGUUGCUGGGCGCCGGAUUCCUCUGCGCUGUUUGUCAGUGCUGACCCACUGGCAUGUGUAUGUGUAUUCUCCAUUAGUGGCACGCAUAAUGGCAGUAGCGGGUUGCUGCAGCCACAGCUGCAAAAGCAGCUGCAGCAGGCGCCUACUGGUGUGUUCACCGGCGCAUCGGCGGCUGCAUCACCUGCAAAGGGGAUAAGCGACCCUGUACCGACAGGAAUAGCAGCAGAUGCACCGGCACCGCCUGGAUCAGCACCUGGUGAGGUCAGCUGGUUGUUGGAAGGGCUUGCCACAGUUGUUGACACGGGAAAUCUGGCUAGUAGUGGCAGUGAAAGCUACAUUGAUGGCCAGGACAGUGCAGGAGAGGGAGAAGAAGAGAAGCAGAUGCUGCAGCCAACGGCAGCAGAGAAUGCAUCCACAGCGGAGCAAGCCAUGCAUUCUUUCCCAUCUAUAAUAACAGCUUACCGGCCUCCUAAUACUUCCCCUGUGUCUGUCGUAUUUAGCUUGUUGCUUCGGCUACCAGUCAGGCCAUCCGCGCUUUGUUGCUGUUCAAUGCAGCAGCAACACCUACUGCUGGCAGGCUGCAGCAGACAGCCUGCUCUUUUCUGGCUUUACUUUGGCCGACUGAAACAAGUGGUAGGGUGCCUCUACAUUACUGAUUUACUUAGGGUAGUCAGGCGAGCUGGUGUGUGCCCAGGCAAUGCUGGCCCGCCCGUUGCAGCAUUGGCUGUGGCUGCUUCCGGGGCUGCUACUACAGGUGCGGGAGGGGCAGAGUGCACAUGGGCAACGAGCGCGAAGCAUGGCGCUACUCUAGGGGGCAGUUUGGGCUGUUCGUGCAGUGCAUGUGGUGGUCGAUGCUGCUGCGCUCUUAAGCGACCUGCUUUCCAACCCACGAGAACUCCUGGAAGCUACGAUCGCGCGGCAGCGGAUGCGGAAUUGCGCCCCAGUGGGCGCUGUAGAUGCCUAGGUCGGCGCAGGCGUAUAACAUAUCUGUUCCAUCCAAAGGGGUACAGCACAGUCACCGAGCUGCUGCGUCUUCCCCCUUCUGCACAGGAUAUCAAGUUACUUCCGGAUCUUCCGGAUGAUGCCCUUUUCUACAGCUCUGCUUGGAGCCCCAGGGAUCCUCUGCCAUGGUCGUUUCCCGCGAAAAGUGUGGGCAGAAGGAAACGUUCCCUGCGAAAUGGGCGAGCUCCUCACAAAUGCCGGGCUGGCAGUUCAGCAGAAAACAAUAAUGAGCAGCCGAAUCAUGACCCACACAGUGGACGUCACAGUGGACGUCGCUACCGCCGCCUCCUGCAGAGCUGGAAGUUUGGAGGGCCAGUUCUUCUUGGGAAAUCUCAGAGGCAUCUCAAUUUUAGCGCACUAAUUAGUGACAGCAGCAGCGCAAGUAGUGACAUGGACGACCGCUGCACCACCAUUCACAGGCACUGCAACGGCAAAAGAAGCCGUGUCCCAAACACGCCGGAGCAAAGAACGGGCAUUUGCCCUUCCAGCGCUACAGACACCUGUGCGGGCCCAUCCUAUUUGGGUGCAUACGGGUUCAAUGCCUGGGGGAAUCAUGGAGACAGAGUCAGCGCAGCAGAUGCAGCAGCAGCAUACAGCAGAAGCAGCAGUGAUGAUAGCACAUGUGUGCUUGGCUGGAGUAGGUGUUCUGCGAGACCCUUUUUCGGUGGACGGCGCCUUCAACUGUUGGAGCAGGGUAGAGAGGAGGAGUUCCGGAUGUAUUCUUUAACUGAUGGCGCUUUGUCAGAUUGUGAAUGCCUGCAAGAGCGAGGCAGCAGUUGCGGGGUGCGCCAGCUCCAGCUGAAUCGUCGGCUCGAUAUCUUGGCUGUUGUUACUGCCGCAGGCCAACUACUCCUGUUGGCAUGGUGCUUCCCGUUGAGAGGCUAUACGCAAAUGUGGGGUAGCGGGGGAGCUGUGCCUUUAACUGGGAGUGAGGGUGCAGCCAAACAUGGAAAUGUGUUUGGGCAGCAGCGUUUGGACCGGCCGCAUCAAGAACUGCAAAAGCCCGCCGGAGCGGCACCUAAGGCUGGCGUGGCUGACAACUUUGUCCGCCGGAGCACCGGUGGCAGGAUGCUGAGCCCUACCAGUGCAGGCAGCAAUCCCCGUAACCGCCGAAAGGGCUGGUGGAACAUUUCCAUAGGAGCGGGACUCGACGGUCGCAUUUCUAUAGGGCACUCUCCUCAAGAGACAGCAUCCGUGGAUGCACUGCCCGCGGCAGGAUGCGGUGACGGCAGCAAUUGCAAUGCUAAUAGGAAACUGAAGCCGUGGCGGCCCUUGGGGCUCCAGCUGAGGGCAAGCGCAGUGUGUUGUUGUGCUCUCAGUGGAGAGAAAAGCCUUGUAGCUGCUGGUCUGGGGAGCGGCGAGGUUGAGAUUUAUAGGCUUUCAUGGCCUAGAACCCCAGUGCAGCGGACUUGCGACUUUCAGCAACCUCAGCAAGGGCAGCAGCGUCUCCUGACUCCUGCCCACAGGAAUGUUGAGCGUGAUGGGUUCACGCUUUUUCCCCAUCUUCUGCAUGUGCUAGCCGUUCCAGAGGACAUAAAAGCAGCAGCAACAGCAGAGCGAGGGCUCGCAAGAGCGGAGCAGAGCGUCGGGGCUCUGUCGGCAGAAGGCGCCGCGUAUUUGCAGCCUCAGAGUGUCCAAAGUCUGCAGUGGACUUCAGACGGCGCGGCCCUUGUGGUUAGGUGGCUGAAAGGAGGCACCGCAGUUUUUAGCCAUACGGGAAGAAUUCUUUUCUCACUCCCUAGCCCUCCCAGUGCUAGCAUUUCUUUGGUUUCCUUUCCUGCAGCAGGUGACGCACUUGGUGGAAUACUUACGACCUCUCCGCCGCUGGAGCGCCAGCAGACCUUCGUCUUCGCACGUAAAAUUUCUGCAGCUUCAGCAGCAGCUGUAGCUGCAGGUGCUGCUGCAGGGUCUGGGCAGCUAUGCUGUUGGAUCAUGGGCAGCCUCUCACUUUUACACGUUUGUUCGUCCUUCGAAGCUGUCUCUCAACUCGAACGCCAGGGUAGAGGAACCAAGACCUGCACCACUUUGCUGGUAGAUAAACAUCAAUUCAGCGGUAGCGUUUGCCUCGAUAAAUUGUUAGAAGUGUCUGUCGUGCGGAGCGGAUCAGUUACACCGGCAACUUCUUCAGUAGACAUUUGUGGAAGCCGCUGUGCGACAGAUCUGACGGACCGGUAG